GUGCGGGCCAGUGAGCGGCCCACCCUAACAGAAAAUUGGAUUAGAACAACGAGAGCUUUUUAAGAAAAGAGUUUAAGAACAACUCCUCCUCCGUCACACCACCCUUCGGUUAUUUGACCUUUGGCUUGCUCAGGUUUCUCUGUAUUGUCACUCAUGCAAACAGCCACUGCGGACAUGUCAACAUCCAACGAAUGCAGCUACAGCUAUGAAGAGUACAAAGAAACAGCAGACUGGCUGUUUGCUCAUACAGAUAUCCGACCCAAAGUGGCAAUUAUCUGUGGCUCAGGGCUGGGUGGAUUGGCUGACCUGCUGGACAACAAGACCAUAUUUCCUUUUGAUAAAAUCCCCCGAUUCCCCCACAGUACAGUGCAAGGACAUAAAGGCCAGCUGGUGUUUGGAGAGCUGAAUGGCAAGCAGUGUGUUUGUAUGCAAGGCCGUUUCCAUUUCUAUGAAGGCUAUAACAUAGCCAUGGUCACAUACCCAGUAAGAGUGUUCUUCCUCCUUGGUAUUGAGACUCUGAUUGUGACUAAUGCUGCUGGAGGACUAAAUCCCAAGUUUAAAGUGGGUGACAUCAUGUUAAUCAAAGACCAUAUCAACAUGCCGGGCUUUGCAGGUCAAAAUCCCUUGUGUGGUCGAAAUGAGGACAGAUUUGGAGUGCGCUUUCCCUGCAUGUCUGAUGCAUAUGAUAGAGACUUGGCGCGACUGGCCAGGAAGAUUGCUGAACAACUGGGCUGUGCCUCCUUCCUCCAGGAGGGCAUUUACUGCAUGUUGGCUGGACCCUCUUAUGAGACGAUUGCUGAAUGUCGAGUUCUACAGAUGCUUGGGGCGGAUGCUGUAGGUAUGAGUACCGUUCCAGAGGUGGUGGUCGCUCGACACUGUGGGUUGCGUGUGUUUGGACUCUCAAUUAUUACCAACAAGGUAGUGACUGAUUAUGACAGCAAAGAGAGGGCUAAUCAUGAAGAGGUGCUGGAAACCACCCGUAUACGGACUGAAGAUCUGCAAAGGCUAGUCAGCCAUUUGGUGAUAAAAAUGUAGUGCAACCGUUUGCUACAUGUAGCAAGUAAAAUAAUCUUUUGGGGUUGCUCUUAAUAAUCUUCAGCACAGUUUCAUAUUUUGACACAAACAGCUUAACAAUGUAGAAUGACAAUGCAACCUAAUUCUCAUGUAUCUAAUUCAGGGUAAGAGUAACUUUAUAGACAUUCCAGUGCCUCAAGACUCUCCCAAGUCUAACUUUAGGCUUGGUUAAUUUUGUGAUAAGCUCACAUCCUUUCAGGAAUUAAUGUUAAGAACAACUGAAAUGAAUCAGCGUUACAAUCAGUACUCUGUGUCUAAAUUGAAGAGUUAAAGACAGACAUGCUAUUCAUCAAAAGGGGCAAAAACAUUUAUAUAAAUCUGUAUGAAAGGGAAUUUAUUAUUUAUUAAUUUUGCAUAAAAUACUAAAUUAGGUGGAUAAUUACAAUUCGAUAACAAAUGAUUAAUAUAUUGUUGGAUGUAAAUAAAUGUUUUAUCUUUUUAGUUUUAAAGACUAAAUAUUUUAAUAAUGUUUUAUAAUUUUUUCUGCAAUUACAAGUGAAAAAUCUCUUUGUACAGAUACUUUACAGAUUUUUUACAUUUUGGAAUUGGAUGCAUUUUACUAUUAAUAUUAUAUUGAGGCAUACAGAACAACAAAUAAAUUACAAUAUAAAUGUU